UCGAACACGCAUAAUGACGUCACGAGACAUUGGAAACGCAAUGGUAUCAUCCCAACUCUCACUUUUUAACAGUUCUUUUACUGGCACGUCAGUGGACGCUUGAACUCAAGUUUGCGCUGUUUUUUUUAAAAAAAAAAGAAAGAGAAAAUGAAAUUUAUCUUAUUUUGUUUGAUAUUUUCAUGUACGUCGUAUGGGAGAUAUUCUCUUUUGGCAAUCAACUCAGCCCCAGGGCCAGGCCAAAGUUUGGAAAAUGAAUCCUCAGACUGCAACUACAGCAUUACUGGACAGUAUGGCACGAUACGAUCGCCAGGAUACCCUAGCAAAUACCCGCGAUACUCUCGCUGUCAGUACGUUAUUGAAAGAUUUUCUCCUGACACCUGCGAGGUGAAGCUCACUAUAGAGUGGUUCGAAGUGGCAAAAAUGACAUUCACUAAUUGCUCGCAGGAUUAUUUCGAAAUACAAGACGGAAACAAGAAAUAUAAACUCUGCGGUGAGCUGCCUUCAGGGUCAAAAAAGUUCAUUUUCUUCCCUCCUGGAUCAAACAAGUUGGUAUUCAAGUUCCGGAGCACUUUCCAUCAGAAAAAGGGAUUUCUGAUAGAAGUAAAGCAGCUACCUUUCUCUUGUGCGGAAAAUAUGAUCGGAAACAACAAUGUAGGUGCAAUGACGUCACGACAAAAGUGUUCUCGAAACUUCAGUGGUCGCAUAAGCAGGAUCACUUAUCCUGACUACACAGAAGACAACGUCCCUAUAGAAAGGUGUACCUAUACAAUCCGAAAAUCCGGAGCUGGAGCUUGCCUCGUGCAGUUGGACUUGUCAAGCUUUGACUUUGUGCAGACCCCUGGGUGCUCGACCGAUUACCUUCUUCUGCCCAAUGGACAAAAGUUGUGCGGUGUUCUCGGUGGGAGUAGAAAAUUCAUUCCUUUUCCUCCCGGCAAAGAUAGUAUGAUUCUGGAACUUUCUUCGACAAGUAGUACAUCAAAUUCCUUCGAUAUCCAAGUAACCCAAUUGCCGGGACCGUGCGAAGAACCCUUUGGGAGUUUAACAGAUGUAUCGGAAAUGAAUCCUCGUCAGUGUGACCAAACAAUUCGGAAGCUUACGGGAAUUCUUAAAUCGCCUGGAUAUCCUGGUUUUUUCGGCCCUAAUUAUGAAUGUGUCUACAAGAUUUAUAGGCCAGAUGUCAGCGUUUGUCAGCUGCAAUUAGAGUUUGUAGAAUUCAGUCUUGGGAAACACAAUCCAUCUGGUUGUUCAUCAGGUGCUUAUUUAGAGCUACCCGGAAUGAAUCGUCUGUGUCACGAUCUCACAGGGAAAAUGAUCAUAAAAGUUUCUGAAUUCCAAGAUCCAGUCAAUUUCAUUUUUCGAAGUGAUAGUCAGACUUCCGGUCGAGGAUUCUAUAUUAUCAUGCGCCAAGUACCAAAUACCUGCCCAGGAUUAACAGCGCAUUCUGAAAUUCCGAAGGCCAUGAAACGUUGCUACCAAGAAUCAUCAAUUCAUUUAGGAUAUUUUGUACCACCACAAGAAACUAGCUGGUGUGAAUUUGUGAUCCACCGAGCGGAUCCAACAGUCUGUGCCAUUCGUUUGCAAAUAUCUGCAAAGACAUUCUUAGCAGUACCUUGUGCGACUAACUAUAUACAGCUUCCUGAUGGGAACAAAAUGUGCAUAUCAGUAACAGAAUUACGAGAAAUAGAAUUACCUAUGCAUAAUGAAUAUAUUACUUUGAUUUACUACGGUCUACAUAAUCCAAAAUUUACAUUGCUUGUGGAUCAAGUAAGAUACUCGUGUAAGGACCAAAGGUCACAGCCAUAUAGUUCAAAGCACAGACGAUGGACGUGGAAAGUUAUACCACGAUGACACCAAUAAACUGAAACGGGGAAGUGAUGUUCAGUUGUCAUUCUUAAAGCUUUAAAUAGCAUUUUGUACUUAUAUGAUCUUUCACAAAUCAUUCAACUCAUUCUUCAAAUAAAAUAAUACU